AUGUAUGAUAGAAGCCUAGUGGCCAUCAAAGUAUUCAACUUGAAUGAAGCAGCAGCAUACGAGAGUUACUUCACUGAGUGCGAGGUACUACGAAGUACGCGUCAAGCGUCAUCGUAACUUGAUGCGACCUGUGACUCUAUGCUCGACAGUGGAUACAGGAAACCAAGAGUUCAAAGUUCUAAUCUUCAAGUUCAUGGUCAAUGGCAGCCUUGAAAGAUGGUUGCACUGUGAGUACUACAGUGGCAUGCCGGAGAGAGUGUUAAGCUUAGGCCAGCGCAUAUGCAUCGCCACAGAUGUGGCUUCUGCUCUGGAUUAUAUCCACAAUCAGGUUACUCCUCCUUUGGUCCACUGUGAUUUGAAGCCGAGCAACAUCCUUUUAGACAAUGACAUGACUGCUCGUCUCAGUGACUUUGGCUCAGCAAAGUUUCUAUUUCCAGGCCUCAUUAAUCCAAAAAGCCUGGUCGAAGUUGGAGGAACAAUAGGAUACAUGGCACCUGAGUACGGCAUGGGCUCCGAAAUCAACACAGGAGGAGAUGUGUACAGUUUUGGAGUGCUUCUUAUGGAGAUGCUAACGGGAAAGCAGCCCACCGAUGAUUUGUUUGUUGAUGACCUUAGCCUCCACAAUUUUACUGACUCCAUGUUCCCAGAUAGACUUGCAGAGAUCAUAGAUCCUCAUAUUAUGCCUGAGGAAUCACAGUCGGGUGCAGAGGAAUGGAUGCAGAGCUACAUUGUCCCCCUGGUUGCGCUUGGACUUUCAUGUUCCAUGAAAUCUCCAAAAGAUAGGCCUGGGAUGCGAGAUGUGUGCGCAAAACUCUCUGCUAUCAAAGAAGAUUUUACUAAGUCUCAUACUGAACUAUCUUCACUGACAGCGCUAGUUACUGGUUCAUAGUUAGCAGUAUAGUAGAUUGUUAGUGGAAGCCUGUCUAUUUGAUGGACAGACUGAAACAAUGGUUUGCCGAGAAGAUCACUGAAAUUCAUAUGUGAAUAGCUGGUAUUAAACGUGAUCUGUUGUUCUUAUCUGCACAUGCACGUCACUUGUGAGAGAUGUAGUGUGGUAGUACUAUACUAUUAAUCAUUAGCAGAUAAGGCUAAGUAAGUUUUGAUGACUUUUCAACAAAUAUAAAGAUUACAAAUUUAACCCAAAAGCUCAAAUUUAAUCCAACUGUGGUGCAGUGUGUGAUGUAAUUUGAUGCAGCAUACUUGACAUAGGUUGCGUGUAUCCUAGGUGUGCAGUGGCCAUGAGUGAUCUUGAACAAAAUGUAUCACUUGAUGUAAUGGACUAAUGGUUUGAGAUCAAUAAAACUUCUUUUCUAAAAAUAUUGAGAACCAAUCGCAAACUCACAUUAACAAAGAACUUAUGUUGGAGGAUGAAAAUUGAUUCAGGCAUCUCAAAUGAUCCCCUUCUGAAAGACUAUAUAUAUCAUUGUUCUUUUUUUUUUUGAGAUUAGAGACUAUAUAUAUCAUUGUUCAAUAAUAUUGUACAUCUACAUGCCUCUGGGUUCCAGUCUCAGUCUCC